AUGAACCCGGUGCUUGCUGCCGGUCUGCGUACAGGAUACCGUCUGCAGCGCCGCGCCUGGCUGCAGCGCAAAACGCGCGCCCCGUUUGUCGUCCAUCGCCCAUCGUUUAAGCCGUUCCAGCGCCUACGGCCAGCGCGAGCAUCUCCCAGCACGAGCGCCAAUCUCGUGAAGCGGAGCGCCACAGGCACCAGCGGCAACACCAACGGCAGCACCAACGGCAGAAGCAACGUGCAAAGAAUGCAGACGCCAUUGAGUUCUGUCAACUCGCCCGCUAGCACUCGAGAGUCGCCCCAUUGGUAUCCGCCCGAUUGGCAUGUAAGCGGCCUGGCUGUCCAAGAUGGGAUUUAG